CUCCCUGUGGCGAAACUGUGAAAUACUCCAGCGGCGCUGGGGAAGCCUCGGGCCGGCCCAGCUGGGGGAGGAUCUAAGGGAACAUCAGGAAGGCGACGUUUAUUCCAACGGCACCUCGCCUCAGGAUCUCCCCAGGCUGGCCUGUGAUCUCGUAUCGCGUCCUCCAGGUCAGGCGCUCAGGCACCUAACAGCGCUGAAAAUUAUCAGUCCUCCAGACACAAGUUUGUACACUGUGCCGUUGAGUUGGCACGCUGCCGAGGACAGGAUGCCCACCCGUACGGGCUCGUGGGGCGCCCGAGUCGCUGCACGAGCUGCCUCGCGUGCCACUGGCAGCAGCACGGGGUCCCCCAGCACCAGCACCCCUGCUCGUGUGCUGCAGGCGAGGGCCCUGCCUCCAGGGUGGUACGAUCAGUGGUACGAGUCGGGCGCUGCCAGAAGUGGCCCCGCCCCGAGAUGCUCAGCACCUCUUCGCGCCACUCGGGGGCCGUCGGGGCCCCUCUGCACCUUCGGCGUGUGCGCUGCCGGCCACCCGCGUCUCCCUGGGAAGCGCAGGGGCUGCCCUGCGGCCCAGGGCCACGUCGAGGACGACACCCCCCACACGGAAGGCAAUGGCGGCUGCGAGAACGGCGCACACGCACCGUGCCAUGCCUGGACUCCGGGCCGGGCUCCAGCGCGGUAGGGUACAUAGUCUCAGGCAUAGUCCUCCGGCGCUGAGAAACGAGACACCACGCACCCCGACCACUCCCGGGGCGCGGGGCGACACCGCCUCAGGUGACGCCCACGCGGCGCGGUGCUCACGAGUCGCCCGCGGGAUGGAGCAGGGCCGCAGCAUCGCCCCUGCGCCAGCGGGGAGCCCGCGGCCGAGCGCGCCAGGACUCCACGGCGCUCGGGAGGGCAUCCUGCAAGACCGGGCGCUCUGGCUGACCCCCGCUCGCACUGCCUCCGGCCCCGACGCUCCGCCAUGGCCCUCCUCUGGCGCCGCAGGACUCUGGGGCCCGCCCAAUGGGGCGGGCCACACGCACCGGGCGCAGCGAGGAGCC